AAUCCGAGAAACUGUCGAUGUGCGAUGCUCGAUCGCGAAAAGUGGAAUACGCAUAAAAUUUCGUAAAUUCGUAUUUCGAAACAGGCAGCCGCUAAACACUGUGAUUGCUAAGCGGGCGCGCUAAAUACCACGGAAGAAUUUUGUAGAAAAAGUGCUAUCUAAUAACGGAAUAUUAUUUUACGUUUAAAAAAAUAACUGUUUAUUGAAAAAUUAUAGUUUUGAUAUAAAAAAAAUUAUAUUUUUCAAACGCCAACACAAAUACUGAAUCGAAAAUUUCAAGAAAAAUAUUAAACGACAAAAUAAGCAAAAUUAAGUAUUCAAAAACAAAAAGAGAUCAUUAACACAAAAAGAAAAGAAAAUAAAUAAAUAAAUCUCCGCUGUGGAGUAGAGUAUACAAAAACAAAAAAUUUAAAAUAAAGAAAAAUGUCAUCACCCAGAAAUUCUAUAAAGAAAAAGAGCGCCGCCACAGCGACUAAAACGGCAACAGAAAAAUCACAACAAAAGCAACCACCUGCUCCAGAAAGCAAAUACACAAAGACUAGGGAACGCAUCGUUGACGAUGUGCCUCUACCGCCCGCGCACAAACUCACCAUGGACGAGGUGUACGACGCCAAAACGGGGAAGCCGAAUUAUGAUGCCAUGCGUGCGUAUUUCUUGCAAGAAGGACGCAUGGAAGAGGCUCCAGCGCUGCGUAUCAUCAAUGAGGGUGCCGCCCUACUGCGUGCCGAGAAGAAUAUGAUUGAUGUGGAAGCGCCGGUGACGGUGUGCGGCGACAUACAUGGUCAGUUCUUUGAUCUCGUCAAACUAUUCGAAGUGGGCGGACCACCAGCUUCGACGCGGUAUCUCUUUCUCGGUGAUUAUGUCGAUCGGGGAUAUUUCAGCAUUGAGUGUGUGCUUUAUUUAUGGGCCUUGAAGAUAUGCUAUCCGACGACACUCUUUCUACUGCGCGGCAAUCAUGAAUGCCGCCAUCUUACAGAAUAUUUCACAUUUAAACAGGAAUGCAAAAUUAAGUAUUCAGAAGAUGUUUAUGAUGCCUGCAUGGAAGCGUUCGACUGUCUGCCAUUGGCGGCGCUGCUAAAUCAACAGUUCCUCUGCAUUCAUGGUGGACUAUCGCCAGAAAUUUUCACUCUAGAUGAUAUAAAAAAGUUGAACAGAUUUAGGGAACCACCUGCUUUUGGACCUAUGUGUGAUCUGCUUUGGUCUGAUCCAUUGGAAGACUUCGGUAAUGAGAAAAACAGUGAUUUCUUUUCUCAUAAUUCAGUGCGAGGAUGUUCCUACUUUUUUAGUUAUGGUGCUUGCUGUGAAUUUCUGCAAAAAAAUAAUUUGCUCUCUAUAGUACGUGCUCAUGAAGCGCAGGAUGCGGGUUACCGCAUGUACCGCAAAAAUCAGGCGACCGGUUUCCCUUCGCUGAUCACCAUCUUCUCAGCGCCCAAUUAUUUGGAUGUCUACAACAACAAGGCAGCUGUACUGAAGUAUGAGAACAACGUUAUGAAUAUCCGACAGUUUAAUUGUUCACCACAUCCAUAUUGGCUGCCAAAUUUCAUGGAUGUAUUCACGUGGUCAUUGCCAUUUGUGGGUGAGAAGGUCACUGAGAUGCUGAUGAAUAUUCUCAAUAUCUGUUCGGAUGAUGAAUUGGUGUCCGGACCGGACGAUGAAUUGGAAGAAGAGCUGCGCAAGAAAAUCGUCCUUUUACCAAUGAACACGAACAAUGUAACACCGCCAGCCGCGAAACCAGUUUCUGGAGUGUCAGCGCUGCGCAAAGAGAUCAUACGAAACAAGAUCAGAGCCAUUGGCAAGAUGUCUCGUGUCUUCUCGGUGUUGAGGGAGGAAUCCGAAUCGGUGUUGGCUUUAAAGGGGCUUACGCCGACUGGCGCUUUGCCGGUAGGUGCACUCUCCGGCGGCAAGGAUUCUCUGCGUAAUGCGCUUCAAACACUGGGCGCCACACAAGAAAUCAAAUCGUUUGAAGAGGCGAAAGAUCUGGAUGCGGUCAAUGAGCGCAUGCCUCCGCGUCGUCCAUUGAUGGUGGGCGGUAGCAAUAAUAAUAAUGAAACAAUUCUCAAUAGCAGUAAUAAUAACGGCACAAGCAAUAAGAGCGCCACCGACAUUAAUCUCGCCAAGAAGAUUGUGAAACCGGCGACGGUGCGCUCCGCCAGCAAAUUUUAAUAGACUGUAGUUAAUAGGUUUUUUGUAACUAUCAUUUAGUUAUCUAUAUGCCUUUAAUAUUAAAUGCUCAUUUUUUAUUUAUUUUCCUAUUCGAUUUUUGUUAUGUUUGAAUAACGUAAAUUUUAGUUAAUUUUGCUUAGAAAAAAUUUACAAUUUUGUUAUUUUGCUAAGAUAAGAGAUUGUUUACCCGUAGCACUAAAAUAUGUAAUUUACGCUGUAUGAGAUACUUGACAGAGUAUACUUUGUUAGUUGUUACGCUCAUUUGUUAUAAAUAAAUAAAUAAUUAAAAUUUA